AUGUCUUACUUUCAAUUGGCACCAGUGGCAGCCAUCGCCGUGGUCGGUGGCUACAUGCUAUUCACUGGGUCUGGAGAAUCAUUUAAUGUGGGCGAAUUUCUCCAAACAACCUCCCCAUACAUGUGGGCAACUUUGGGAAUCGCCGCCUGUAUUGGAUUAUCUGUCGUGGGGGCAGCAUGGGGAAUAUUCGUUACUGGUUCCUCCAUUAUAGGUGCCGGAGUCAAGGCUCCCAGAAUCACCACCAAAAAUUUGAUUUCCAUCAUUUUCUGUGAAGUGGUGGCCAUCUAUGGUUUGAUCAUGGCCAUUGUGUUUUCUUCAAAACUCACCAAUGUGCUGGAAUCGGCAUUGUUUUCGAAAGAAAACCUCUAUACUGGCUACUCAUUGUUCUGGGCGGGAAUAACCGUGGGUGUUUCCAACUUGAUUUGUGGAGUUGCCGUUGGUAUAACUGGGUCCACGGCGGCCAUCAGUGAUGCCGCUGAUUCGUCAUUAUUCGUCAAGAUUUUGGUCAUUGAGAUCUUUGGCUCGGUGUUGGGGUUGUUCGGCUUGAUUGUUGGGUUGUUGAUGGCCGCCAAGGCCCAGGAAUUCCAGUGA